AUGUUCUACUCAAAUCUCCUUAUUACUGCUUUGGCUGCGACCACAGCAAUUGCCCACCCUGGUCCGCACGAUAUCCUGCCCCGUGCAGAGAUCCAGCGACGCAGCGACAUGGCUAAGCGAUGUGCCGAGCAUGUCGCGAACUUCAAUCAGCAGCGCAUGGCCAAAAGAGCUAUGCAGAAGCGCUGGGAGAGGUCCGGCCACAACACGACGUUCGAGAUCACCACAGAAGCCCCUUACUAUGAGAACAUCCAGAAUGACACCUGCGUUCUUACUCCCGAGGUGACUCGUGGUCCGUAUGUCUGGCCACGCUCUCAGACCCUGCGUCAAGAUAUGACAGAGGACCAAGUAGGCAUACCCCUGUGGCUCGACGUGGGAGUACUGGACAUGGCCACCUGCGAGCCUUUGCCCAACGCCCUUCUCGAUUUCUGGCACUGCAAUGCAACCGGCUCCUACUCUUCAUUUACCCAUCUCUCGCCGAACACUCCAUUCGAGGAACUUCUCUCGGAGCUGAACAUUACCGACUAUGACCUGGGUGUCACCGACCUGCACACAGACGAUACCACCUGGCUGCGUGGCAUGUGGCCCACCGACGAGAACGGAGUCAUGGAAAUGAAGACUAUCUUCCCUGGCUUCUAUGUCGACCGUGCCAUCCACAUCCACGUCCAAGUGCAUACCGAUUGGAGCCUCCGCGAAAACGGCACCAUCAUUGCCAGCAACACCGUCAGCACUGGCCAGAUUUACUUUGAUGAGGAUGUCGAAGAGAAGCUUAUGAGUGUGGAACCUUAUGCUUCUCAUACUCAGAUCAACCGGACUACCAAUGCAGACGACUCUGUUUUCUCUCAGGACACAGAGGGCGGAUAUAACCCGGUUGUGUCGGUUGUUCCUGUGGAUGGCGAGGAUUUGGCUAACGGGAUGUAUGGCUACAUUACCAUCGGUGUGGACACGACGGCGAUCGAGACAUUCAAUAAAUAG